UGACGUGGCGACGUGUUUCCGGUGGGAUGCGUAGCAGGGGUGGGCGGAGCGAGAAGUCUAGCUUGGACGGAUCCAGACUGGGCUCAGAGUCUUCCCCCCUUCCCCCUUUCUCUGGGGAGCUACGGGGAAGAAGCUUUUAGGGUCCAGCCCGCGGCCGCAGCCGCUUCUCCUCCAACGGGAGCCCGGAGCGCAAGGAGGCUAGGCCAGGCCAGGCCGAGCCCGGGGGGCGACGGGUCCAGACCGCUCCCAGGGCGAACAAUCCUGAUUAUGACAUCACGACCAUCCCCUUGGUGAUGGAGCUCAUCAUUAGGAUGGAAGAAUGAGUCUGAGCAUAACAUACAAGAUGGGUUACUGGGAGCACACCAUGAGAGGCACUGAGUGGAGCCGUGAGGGGGCUGGAGCCUUGUGAACAGGGACCCUGCCCCACACCACCUGCCAGGGCAAUGGGAGUUAAGUGACUUGCCCAGGGUCACACACCUAGACCUGGUCUCAGUGAUGAGACAUGGGGUAUGAUGUAGCCCGUUUCCAGGGGGAUGUUGAUGAAGACCUUAUCUGUCCUAUCUGCAGUGGAGUUCUGGAGGAGCCAGUGCAGGCCCCUCACUGUGAGCACGCCUUCUGCAAUGCCUGCAUCACCCAGUGGUUCUCUCAGCAGCAGACGUGCCCGGUAGACCGAAGCGUAGUGACAGUUGCCCACCUUCGCCCCGUCCCCCGGAUCAUGCGGAACAUGCUGUCAAAACUACAGAUUGCCUGUGACAACGCUGUAUUUGGCUGCAGUGCCGUUGUGCGGCUGGACAACCUCAUGUCUCAUCUCAGUGACUGCGAGCACAACCCCAAGCGGCCUGUCACCUGCGAGCAGGGCUGUGGCCUGGAGAUGCCCAAAGAUGAGCUGCCCAACCACAAUUGCAUUAAGCAUCUACGCUCAGUGGUGCAGCAGCAACAGACACGAAUUGCAGAGCUAGAGAAGACAUCAGCUGAGCACAAACACCAGCUGGCAGAGCAGAAGCGGGACAUUCAGCUGCUGAAGGCAUACAUGCGUGCUAUCCGCAGCGUCAAUCCCAACCUUCAGAACCUGGAGGAGACCAUUGAAUACAAUGAGAUCCUAGAGUGGGUCAACUCCCUUCAGCCAGCGCGGGUGACACGCUGGGGUGGCAUGAUCUCCACACCGGAUGCUGUGCUGCAGGCGGUCAUCAAGCGCUCUCUGGUGGAGAGUGGCUGCCCAGCCUCCAUAGUCAAUGAGCUUAUUGAAAAUGCCCACGAGCGAAGCUGGCCCCAGGGCCUGGCCACACUAGAGACACGGCAGAUGAAUCGGCGCUACUAUGAGAACUACGUGGCCAAACGUAUCCCUGGCAAGCAGGCAGUGGUGGUGAUGGCCUGUGAGAACCAGCACAUGGGGGAUGACAUGGUGCAGGAACCAGGGCUUGUCAUGAUAUUUGCGCACGGCGUGGAGGAGAUCUAGAAAAGCACAGCAAGACUAUAAAGUGAGAGGGAAACCUGAAACCCCCCACUCCACUGGGCGUGUCCCGCUCACCCCCAGCUGCCUGUAUUCAAGCUCCAGCUUCCCAAUCUCCUGGCACUAAAGUGCCCCAGGGCAUUAGUGUCUUCCUCCCUCAUACCUCUAGCCCACUGUGCCCAAGAGGGAGAUCCAGAUAUGGAUGUUGUUACUCUUACCUCCUUCCCCCCAAAUUUCUGUACAUUUUCAGCCUGAUUGGAAGUCCCCCCCCACCCCACUUCCCCUGGGUCCACAUUUGCAGAAGGCGCAGAAACAUGCAUUGCCUGCAGAGGAGAGGGGUGAGGUAUAGCACCGCCUCAGACCAGGGGUUUGGAGCCGGUGAGGCGUUCUGGUCCUCGGCAGGAUUGAUGGGGAAAUAUGGAGGGGAGGGACGAGAUUAGAAGAAAAGACAUAGGAGUGGUGAGUGAUGCCAAAUAGAACUGAUCAGCACUGGCAGCCAGGGGUGGAGUGGGGAUGGUGCUUGUGUCCUCUGUGCCAAGCGAGAAUCUUCCUCCCCACCCUUGGGGAUGUCGAGGGACAGGUUUUAGCUGGAUGGGUUGGGGAGUGGGUAGUACUGAAAUGUGUCAGAGGAACCUCUCUUCCGUCCUCCCUUUUUCAUAAAUAGAAUGGUGGGUUCUGGGAGUUGGGGGGGUGUGGUGGGUUGGUGCAGCCAGGAAAGAUCCCUUCCCUACCCGGCCUUUGCCAAAGUAGGGUGGGCUGAUGUCCUUUAUGCCUAGGGCAACGGUAGCUCCCAGAUUCCCCCUCCCCCUCCCUUGUAAUUGUGGUGCAGUAUUUUUUUGUAAUAAUUUGCUUUUAGGUUUUGUUCUGUUUGUCUUUCUCCCCAUUUGGCGAGUUUUGUGUUUAAAAAGAGCCACCUCUGGUCUCUACCAUUCCCUGCUCAGCCAAGUGCUGGGUAUUUAAUUUAUUUAGAUUUUUUUCUUUCCUUUUUCUGCUCCCCCACCAAAAAAAGGCCAAAAAAGUUACCCCUUUCUCUCCUCCUCACCCAGCCUCUUCCCUUCCAAACCCACAAGAAUUAAAAACAUUGUUCCUUUGCUGUUCCUCCUGUGGGGCAUCAUCCUGGGUAUGAGGGUUGGGAUGGGGCCUGUUCUUCCCUUUCUUUACCUCUGAGCUUUCGCUUGAGCAUAGGUGAACAGUGGCCCUUGGCUGACAGAAGAGCUAUAUGUCUGCUUCACCAACCCUAAUUUCCCAGAUUAGUCUUCUGUCUGACCCCCAUCAAAGCCUGUUCAAAGACCAACGUGUCCCUGCUAUUCAGAAAGCUGGAGCCUUUGGCCCUCUCACCCUGAAACACUCCUUGGAGUUUGUAGCAUUGAUUUUUGUAGACAAGCUUCUCUUCUCCCUUGAGUUGUGGGGCUAGGCUUGGGCAAGCUGCUAUAGCCACCUUGUCUCUGGCUAGGUUCAAGUUGGUCAUCCAGGGCAGCUCUCAAACACUGAACUGGCUAUUGGUUGCUUGGAAGCUGGUGGGUGGACAAUUGUUUUGCUUCUCAAGGCACAGCUUGAAGUCCUUUCAAAUGUAUUUGGUUUCUGUUCUCUUUGGAACUUCCUAUGUGGGCCUGCUUGUGAAGAGUGGAGCCCCAUUUGGGGGGUCUCUAGAACUGGACGCGACAGUCAUGAGUUCUAGCUCCCAUCUGGAGCUCAGGCAUAAUUAUUGCACCUAGUAAGUCUCCCACUAUCUGGCCCUAAGAUUCAUCCUCUUUGUUUUUUUCCUGAAACCUAACCAUGAAUGUGGAAAGUGUGAUUCAGGUGCUUUCUGACCCUCACCCUGGGGUCUGCAGGUUCCGGCUGUGUUUGUGUUUCAUGGUAUUGACUGCAUAAUAAACCUCUGACUCUACUCACCAAAUUCUUAAUUCAACCUUUCUACCAGGGUUUCUCCUCCACUUUCUACUUUUUCCCUUUUUAACUCUUUGCCACUCCUUUGCUUUAUAACCUGCUUUUGAUCUCCAGCGUGUAAGUUUCUAAAAGUCAAGCCUUUUGGGGGAGGGGAGGUGUUUUGUAUGUAUGUGUCAUUUUGGGGUGCUUUUCUUAAAUCCUUUCUCUUUUGCCAGCUACCUAUAUCUUUAUAGCACAGAUUCAUACCUUUACCUCCAUACAAUCCCCUUAUUUUUAGCUGUGAAUUGUAUCCAAGGCCUCGAAUCCUAUCUUGACCCUUUCCGUCUCCAAUUGAUACCUACAGUGGGGACUUUGCCCCUUUCUGCCACCUUUGCUUUGGGAACCUAGGUUCUAUACUAAAGAAGGGAACUGUGACCCCCUUUCACUUCCCUGAUCAUUCUUAAGGAAUGAAGGGGCAACCUGAGGCUACAAUAAAUAACAACUGUUACCAAGAGGAGUGUAAUGUACUCAAUAGAGUUGGCCUCACAGCCACAAAAGAACCGCCCUGUGACUCAGUGCUGGCUGUGUGAUCUCGGCUAGUCACCUUAACAUCUCAGUGCUCUAAACAGCUAAGGUUCAGACCUAUAUUGGUAGUAAGAGUCUUUUUAUGUGGGGGUUCUUGCUACUGAUGAAAUCCCAAACGCUAUCCCUCUCUGAAGAACGUUGCAAUCUCUGGUGCUAUGACACAUAAAUAUGAGGUGACCAAAAUAUAGUGACUGAGCUGUUCCUUUAUGGGAUGGGUCAGAGGCAGGGACCCUGCUUCUAGUGAGGGUGGGUGCUAUUGCUCUCAGAAUUGGCUUCAAAGUCUUUGGAAUACCAUUCAAGAGUACCUUCAUUCUUAAAGAGUGUAUUUCCUCCCACCCCUUUUGAAGCCAAGACUGGUGACUGGUAAGUGGUUAAUUUGGCCUUUUUGUUUGUUUUUUUUUAAAUAAAGCCUUGGACUUUGUUGGCCAAGGACCAGUGUAGCUCAGUUUGGAGAGACUUAUCAAAAGUAAGUUGGCUACUAGGUGACAAAAAUUUUUGGCCAUGGGGACACAAAGCAAUUAGAGAAUUGGGAGGCACUAUACAAAUGUGAUUGUAAAACACUGCAUUUGUAAAUGUGAAGGGGCUUGUGGUCAGAGGAUUGGAGUUCAGUGAGACUUUCUAGCUGUGAUACCCCUUGGGAAAAUCACUUACCCCCUCUGGGCUUCAUUUUCCUCAUCUGCAAAUCAGAAAUGAUACUUGCACUGCCUACCUCACAGGGUUGUUGUGAGGAACGUGCUUUGUAAGCCUGAAAAUGUUUGACGGUUUACAAUGUAAGUUAUUAAUAAAUGUGAGUUAAUUCUAAGGAAGAAAAAUGGUAUUUUAAAAGCCUUUUAGGGCAGCUAGGUGGCGCAGUGGAUAGAGCACCUGCCCUGGAGUCAGGAGUACCUGAGUUCAAAUCUGGCCUCAGACACUUAACACUUAACUAGCUAUGUGACCCUGGGCAAGUCACUUAACCCUAAUUGCCUCACUAAAAAAAAAAAAAAGCCUUUUAGAGGCUUGAGCUGUAUCUCAAAGGUCUCAUCCCAUGGUAUUUGAGGAAAAGGAGGAGAAACUUAGCA